UGGCUGCUCACAGGCUUUUAAGACCCCAGAUGCUACUCACCAAGGUUAUCUACCACUUUUAAGUCCUAAAGUGAUCACAUUUUAAUAAAAAUCUUAAGUAAUGAUAUACUACUUUUUUGAUAUUCUUCAGGCUACUUUUGUUUAUAAUUUAUUGCUGUGAUUUUUAAAAAAAUUUUGAUAAGGAUGCUGUUAAUUUCCCCGAGGGAAAUUUCUGUAGCCUUUUCUAUAGUGUGCUUUAAAAAAAUGUAUAUAAAUAUAUAUAAGGUUUUGGAAGGAGUGGUAAAUAGACUUCUGAAAUACAGUGUGGUUGACGAUCAGAUUUAUGGACUACCUGUUUUCUAGGUAGGACCGUAUCAACAAUAGUCAGUUAACCCAUGAAUAUCUCUAUGCACACUUGGUUAGCUGCAUGCAAGUCCCCCUUCCAGGGCCUAUGAUCAUACUGCUUUGUUCUAUUUAGGCCCUUCUCUUAAAGUUAAUUAAGAAUGAUACAUACUUUGUUUUCAUUGAGAACAAUUUGACUUUUAUUCUGUGCUUUAAAAUAUACGUAUACUUCUUUCUUUCUUUCUUUUCAAAAUCUCCCUUCCUAUAAGGUCGCUAUGAGUUGAAAUCAACUCUACGACAACAGGAUUUUUGGUUUAUACCUAAGAGCUAUAAUAACACGUUGAAGUAACCUAAGUUCUUGCUUUGGCCAUUUACAAUAAGUAGUAUACUGAACCUGGUACAGAACAGAAAUUUUGAGGUAUGACUCUAAUUAGAAUUUUGAAAUAAAAUAUUUAUUACCAGUUAUUUUCCUUCUAAUUUCUAAGAUUAAAAAUAAAAUUUCCUGCUGCCAUAUUACAAAAGGAUUCUGCAUUAUUUUUUGAACAUAUAAAAUCAGAAUUAUGUUUAAAAUUUUGAUUCAAACCAAAGUUCUUAUUUUUUUAUUGUCAGCCCUUGGCAGGUAGGGAGAUGUGAAGUCUUAGGAAAUACUGCCUCUGUUGUAAAUUUUCCUGGAUUUCGAUCCAUGAAGACAUAUAGAUAAUGAUAUGCUCUAUCUCCAAAAAAGAUAAUAAAACUGCAUUUAGAAACCAGUAGUAAAAAUUGAAACUGUGUAAUUAUGAAAAGUCAUUACUAUCCAAAUCCCAAAAAGGUACUUAAAAGAUUAACUAAGAGUUUGUUUUAUAAUUUCACUGGCCGUUUGACCAAGUUUUUAAUUACAUUAAGAAUCUGCUUUCUACUUCUAUAUCAUAGCCAUUGUGUUAUUUGGUAUUUUAAAGAAUGAAUCUCAUUGAGUGUAGAACACUGUCAGGUUACAUUAAUGGUAAAAAAAUCACAAUUAGAUUAAACUCUAAUACAUGGAAAUGAGAAUACUAAAAUUUGUAUAGUAAUUCUGUACUUCUUUUAUUAUCAAGUACUGGAGCACUGUCUUUAUGUUAUUCAACGCUUUCAUCUGGUAGCUAGUAAAUAUGACUUGAUUUAUAGCAUGUGCCACUUGUAGAAAAUAAUUUGAGAUCUUAAUAUGAAAAGUGUUAGCACAUUGAUAAAUGCUAGGAACUUGUGAUGAAUACUUGUAUUCUUAUAUUUAGUUUGUUCUUAUAUUUCAGGUUUUCUCGAUUACAGAUUAUUGGAAGGAAGAAUAAUACUGUAUUGAUAGAAAGUGGAUAUCUUAAGAUGCAUGUUAUAAUAGAAUUAUAUAAUUUGUCAUUAUUAAUACAUUUUGCACACGGACGUACCAGAGCAUAUGUCUGCAAACUUCCUGUACAUCACACUUUUCCAGUAGAAUCCCAGAAUAUUCUGUAAUAAAUCAUGUUCUUUCAUUAUAGGCUUUUUUUGUUUUAAAAUAAUCAAAAUUAUCAGUUGUCAUUGACCAGUUACUUUGAGAUAUCAAGCCUGAUUUUUAAAGUCCUUUUUUUCUAAGUAGAGAAAUUGUCUAUACCCCUUCUAUUCCUCUAAAUUGAAAAACUGAGAAAAUAAAUGUAAUUUUUGAGAGAGAAACAACAAAGUGCUUAGUUUCAAGGAAGAAAUAUGAGAGGCAGAGAGGAAUGAGUCUUCUAAUUUUUUUCUUAAAGUAGGUUGUUUGCUUGCAACUUACAGAAUUUAUCUCAAGAAAAAUAGCAGAUUCUUCUCUUAUAAAAUCAAUGUAAUAUUACCAUAUUUCUAAAAAUGAAAUUCAAGAUUUAAAUACAUUUGCCUUUGUGUAGCUUGAGAGUUUAUCUCUCCAGUAUUCCAAGUGAUGUUUCUUAGGUUUUAAAGCCCAUGGCCCCUUUUGAUCAGUAUUAAAAAAUCUCUGUUCUCUAAUGCUGUUCAGAUUUGUAACAUAAAUUAGUUCUUGUGUUUAAAAACAAAAUUAAAGCAUUUGUGUUACUGAGCGUUCAUUUUUACAAUCUCCUUUUUCUUGCCCAGAGAUAGAUUUUAUGUCUUCAUUCCCUCUCUCCUGUCAAGAACCUACUAAGUAAGGAUUGUAGUUAUUACAGUUAUGGCCCCCAAUUAAAUAAAACAUGGAAUAUUAUCACUUUUUCUUUAGAUGAGAGCUGGUCACACAAAAAUUCAACAAAUGAGGUAUUAAAGGCAUUAUGUUUUCCCCUAAUGGUUUGGCCCUGUUUUGCUCUUUCUUAUUAGAAGAAACCAUAUAUACACAUUAUCUACAUUUAGACAGUAUUAAAAUCCCGAAAAGUAAAGAAAAGACAUUUCAGUUUAAAACCAAGAUAAAUAUACUCUGGUAAAACAUAAAAAUGUUUCAUCUUUCACAAUUGUGAGUCAGCUUCGCGUCAUAUUUAUCUUGUUCUCUUGAGUAGAGCAAAACAAGUGCAGGGAAGGUAGUUCCUGUGAGCUUUAGUUAUUGUGCUCUGUAAUUCUGCAGCACUAGCUAUCUGCGUCAUGUAGUAUGAGAACUUAGCUUUUGAGGCUGUCUGUAUGAGCUACACGUGAGUAUAAACUGUGAAGACUGCUGAGGGAGACUUGCAGUCCUUUCACAUAAGCAUAAAAAGAAAUAUUGGUCCUCAUGGAAGAAGAACAAGAUUUACCAGAACAACCAGUGAAAAAAGUCAAGAUGCAGGAGUCAGGAGAGCAAACUUUAAGUCAAGUAAGCAACCCAGAAGUCAGUGAUCAGAAACCGGAAACUUCAAGCCUUGCUUCAAACCUUACCAUGUCAGAGGAGAUUAUGACAUGCACCGAUUACAUCCCUCGCUCAUCCAAUGAUUAUACCUCACAAAUGUAUUCUGCAAAACCGUAUGCACAUAUCCUCUCAGUUCCUGUUUCGGAAACUGCUUAUCCUGGGCAGACUCAGUACCAGACGCUACAGCAGUCUCAGCCCUAUGCUGUCUACCCUCAGGCAACCCAAACAUACGGACUACCUCCUUUUGGUGCAUUGUGGCCAGGUAUGAAACCUGAAAGUGGUUUAAUUCAGACUCCAUCUCCAAGUCAACACAGUGUUCUUACCUGCACUACAGGGUUAACCACAAGCCAGCCAAGCCCAGCACAUUAUUCUUAUCCCAUUCAAGCUUCAAGCACAAAUGCCAGCCUGAUAUCCACUUCAUCUACAAUUGCCAAUAUUCCAACAGCAGCAGUUGCUAGCAUCUCAAACCAGGACUAUCCCACUUAUACUAUCCUUGGUCAGAGUCAGUACCAGGCAUGCUACCCCAGCUCUAGCUUUGGAGUCACAGGCCAGACUAACAGUGACACUGAGAGCACCACGUUAGCCGCAACCACAUACCAAACAGAGAAGCCUGCUGUCAUGGUACCUGCAGCACAGAGACUUUCCUCUGGAGACCCUUCUACAAGCCCAUCUUUGUCCCAGACUACACCAAGUAAAGAUGCUGAUGACCAGUCUAGGAAAAACAUGACAGGCAAGAACCGGGGCAAGAGGAAAGCUGACACUAGCUCUUCCCAGGACAGUGAAUUGGAACGGGUUUUUCUGUGGGACUUAGAUGAAACCAUCAUCAUCUUCCACUCCCUCCUUACUGGAUCCUAUGCCCAGAAGUAUGGCAAGGACCCAACAGUAGUGAUUGGCUCAGGUUUAACAAUGGAAGAAAUGAUUUUUGAAGUGGCUGAUACACAUCUAUUUUUCAAUGACUUAGAGGAGUGUGACCAGGUACAUGUGGAAGAUGUGGCUUCUGAUGACAAUGGCCAAGACUUGAGCAACUACAGUUUCUCAACAGAUGGUUUCAGUGGCUCAGGAGGCAGUGGCAGCCAUGGUUCUUCAGUAGGUGUCCAGGGAGGUGUGGACUGGAUGAGGAAACUGGCUUUCCGCUACCGAAAAGUGAGAGAAAUCUAUGAUAAGCAUAAAAGCAACGUGGGUGGCCUUCUCAGUCCCCAGAGAAAGGAAGCAUUGCAGAGACUAAGAGCAGAAAUUGAAGUUUUAACAGAUUCCUGGUUAGGAACUGCAUUAAAAUCCUUACUUCUCAUCCAGUCCAGGAAGAAUUGCGUGAAUGUUCUGAUCACUACCACCCAGCUGGUUCCAGCUCUUGCCAAGGUUCUCCUAUAUGGACUAGGAGAAAUAUUUCCUAUUGAAAACAUCUAUAGUGCUACCAAAAUUGGUAAAGAGAGCUGCUUUGAGAGAAUCGUGUCAAGAUUUGGAAAGAAAGUCACAUAUGUAGUGAUUGGAGAUGGACGAGAUGAAGAAAUUGCAGCCAAACAGCACAACAUGCCUUUCUGGAGGAUCACAAACCAUGGAGACCUAGUGUCCCUCCACCAGGCUCUGGAGCUUGAUUUUCUUUAAGAACUGGAACAAGGAACCUUCCUCAUGAGCUCCUUUUCACUCCUGAAGGGAGCUAGAGACCGGAGCCAAUUGGGAACACUCUCUCUCUUUUCUCUCCGUGGAAUGCUGGCGAGAACACAAUCAGAAAUGGCUGCAGCAAGGGAUGGUGCUUGUUUUUGCUAAGAUUGGCUGCAGCCCUGUGUUCAUCCUUGGUCAGAAACAGGAGACAGUUGGAUGAAGAGAACAGUAGACUCGCCACAGCUAUAGUGCUUUUAAUUCUUCUGGUUUUUGUUUUGUUUUGUUUCAAAAAAUGAAGAAAAGGAAAUUCUUGGGGCAGUUGCACUCUUAGUCCGUGACCAGAUUGAGAACUGCUUUUAAUUUGUGGUGAUAAGGUAAAUGCAGCAGAGUUUUAUAAUAACAUCUCUUGCAGUCUUUGUAAACUCCUUAGCUGUAGAACUUAUUCCCGGUGAAUGUAUAUGUUAUUUUUAUAGGUAAGGGCCUGGUCUCUGAAGCAGGUUUUUCCUCCCUUUCUUUUUCUGGCCAGAAAGGGUUGUAUAAAGUUUCCUUGGAAAAUAGUAACUGAAAUAUCUAAAAUACCUCUCUGUGACAGUAGCGCCUCUUUAGCUCCUCCAAUGGUCUGCUUUCUAGGAUGGUUCCCUUCCCGUUCUUCCAUCUCCUAGUUUGCUGAACCGUGGGGCACUGGAUACUGAUUAACUUUAGAUUUUGGCAUUUCCCAUCCUCAGGACCUUAGUUCCUUUUCCAGUCUCUCUUCCCCUUUGACCCUAGAAACUUCUCUUAGACAGUAAAUUCUAAGCCUUCGGUUUGGCUCUUUUAUUCAAAAGCUAUGUCCAGGAGGCUUAGGCUCCAGACUGGAGAGAGAAGGCUAAGACUCUUCAUGCAUUUCAACUUGUGAAGAAAAUCCCCUUUGGCUUUUGAGACAGGAGGAGUCCACCUUUUCCUCCUGCAGAGAAGCAGCCUUCCCCAACAGAUGCUCAUCCCUACAGCAUUCUCUUCAUCCGUAGUCAUCAAAUGCUAGGCUCUUGCCUCAUUCUUGCCCUCUGCACCUCAGAACCACCUCCAUGCAACUCUGGUCAAUUCUUGGACAUUGGAUCCAAGGAGUCAAGUUUAAGACCAAGCUCGUAACUACAUUUUGGCCAGAACUACCGUAUAUUUGACUUAUUUUGAAGCCCUUAAGCUUCAUAAAGAUAUUCCAGGUAUGUAUUUACCCAGAUCUCUGCCUGAAACUAAUGAGCAGAUUGUUGUGAUCAAAACUCAGUUUUCCCAUGGAACACCCUUCCCACCUCUCAAUCCCAUUCUAAAAUGGGAAACCAGAAGAACAGAAAGACUUUCUUGAUUUUAAAUAACAGAGUUAGACCCCCUUCUCCAUGCCUGAAAACUUAAUCCUGGGCCAGAUGCAGGAGCAGCUCUCAGCCUGACCCCUGGGAGAGAUGGUGGAUGUCCAGGCACUAGCCCCAGCCUCCAGCCCAACUGUGGUUUUGGAUGCUUCAUCCCUCCAUGACCAACCUAGCUAUCUGCUCAAGCAGGAUAAACUUCCCUAGAGCUGAGGAAGUUCAGCCUCUCCAGGCUAUACAGAGAGAGGUGACUAGAUAAGCACCUCAGAGAGAUGCAGUCUGUGUCCUUGGUGGGAGGCAUCCUUGACCGACUCAGCUGAAAUUCCUUGUCCCCAGAGACUCUGCAUAUCCACUUCCAGAGAUGUUAACAGCACAAAGAGGCCAGACUCCUUCCAAUGCCAGGUCACCUGGACAGCAGCAAAGAGACUGGUAUACACAUUCCUUCAGAACUGACUGAGAAAAUGCUUCAUGGCUCACACUUUUAGCGGAGAGGCACUGGAGUCAGUGCUCCAUUACUUCACUGCCUCUUUAACCUUGUUUCCAUGUGAGCAUGGGGAACAAGAUGUAGUCUGAGGCAGACCUUCCCUUGGUUGUAUGCAGCGUAGUUGCUCAGAUGUUGAUCUGCCUUGCUUGAUGGUUGAUCUCAGAAAGCUCUAAGAUGGAUUUUUACUUCAGACCCCAAACCAUCCCUCUACUGGCACUAUAGCUGUUGAUUUCUUGCCCUGGAUAGAUGCCACUUGUUGGUGCUGUGCUCUAGGUUUGUGAGGCUGUGGAGUGGUAUGCCCAUCGUGCACCAGGUACACACACAAGCAUGCUUCUCUCCCCUGCCCUUCAGAAGAAGCUCUUUAUUCCUAGAAUGUGACUUGGACUCCUUUUUCAGUGCCCUUUCCCUCUUGUCCAGCUUAGCUCUUCCAAAAGGGACCUGGAUUUGGCCAAGAGAGGUGAGGAGGCCCACUGAUCAGAGCAGUCUCUGUUCUUUCUUGGUUACUGCUGUCCUCGUUUAGAGGGCAGACAGCAAACAGGAGCUUCCUGGCUCCUUUUUGACAAAAUGAAUUGUUAUGGGAACACAGCGCUCCUCUUGCCGUCUCCCCCAUCACCCCCUUUCCUCCCCAGCACAAAAAUCUGGAAAGGAAAAUAAGUGGGUUAGAAAACAAGAGCUGUUGGAAACUGAGGGCCAAAGAAUACUGUGGGUCCUUUCAGCAAGGGGAAGCUCUUUGUAUUAGAAACAGUCUCCAUGAAAUUAGCCAAAUGAUGAGUCCUUCUGCCAGCUGAGUGAGCACUGUGGGUUGUACACAUUUUGUGGUGAGGGCUGGCUCUGGUAGGGGAUCUGGAGUUGCCAGGUGUGUCCUGGGGUUAUGGCUUGACUUUCGAAUGUAAAACUGACUGUGCCUUAGCAUCACGCUGUCCAGUGCCCCUGGGGCAGCAGGUGGUGUCCAGGAGAAUAGGCGCCUGCUCCAGAUUUACAUGCCUGUUUGGGCUUUUGUUUGGUUUGGGGUGUUCCUGUCUUCUGCUCUGCAAGUUGGGGGCAAAGCUAGUGUUCCAGGAGACUUGUGCCACAGUUUGUUCACAGUUUACACAAACUCAGCUUUAAAGCUCCACGUAGAAUCUGAUUGGCAAGCUCCAGCUGCAGCAUAUGGAGCUUCUAGAUGUUCGCUACCUUGAAUGGGUGUCAGUGCCACUGAACCACAGGGGGAGAGGACUAUAGGGGCAGUGCCACAUUCUCCCUCUGCCUGGGAGAGCAAUGCUGUAGACCAAGGGGGGGUGAGCUCAGAACAUCCUCUCACUCCUCCUCCAGAAGGGGGCAGGUGGGGCCCCUCUUAAGCAGGCUUCUGUUACUUACCAUUAAAUUGGUUUCCUUUCAUCUAAAAGUUGUGUAACUCCCCAGAUAUUUACUCUGUAGAAGCCAAAUAUGAAUUCUGAACUAUCUUAAACCACAAGAGAGAAAAUCUAGUUCUACCCCAACCUUGAUCAGCAGACCUAUCUGUCCCUUCCUCUCCUGAGUCAAAUAGUUCUAGCAAGCAAGGCUCCUUGGCUAGUUCCUAAUGCACUGACCAGAGCCAUCCCAGUAAGGACAACUUCUACUCAAAAUGUAACUCUCCCUCUGAACUUCAGAUGCCUCUUUUAGCAGAAAAAGGCACUGAUUGGAUUGGACA